GGCGUGGCAGGAGAGUGUCUCCCUGAAGGAGCUGCAGCGCAGAGGCGUCUGCUUGCUGAAACUCCAAGCUGCCAGCCAGAGAACCGGCCUCUACGGACGGCUGCUCGUGACAUUUCAGCCUAGAAAAUCUGACGCAGAUGCUGAGCUGCCCUACAACAGCUUCGGGCCCGGGGACAUUGUGGGCCUUUACGACUCAGCUGGCCAGGGCGAUGCGGUCUCCACCGGCAUCGUCACACGGGUCACCUCCAAAGCGGUGACUGUUGCCUUUGAGGAAUCUCGAGAUGGCAUGCUGAGCUUGGACCGUGAGAGUGCCUACCGCCUGCUGAAACUAGCCAACGAUGUCACCUACAACAGGCUGAAAAAAGCUCUAAAUGCACUGAAACAGUAUCACGGUGGUCCAGCCUCUGAUCUGAUCGACAUCCUCUUCUUUUCUUCUGAUCCCAGCGCAUUCGGUGAAACAAAGCCUCUGAAGCUUUACAACAACUCACUGGAUGCGUCGCAGAGGGAGGCUGUCUCCUUCUCGCUGGCACAGAGGGAGCUUGCCAUCGUCCAUGGACCACCUGGCACGGGGAAGACCACAACGCUGGUGGAGAUCAUCUUGCAAGCUGUGCAGCAAGGCCUGAAGGUCCUGUGCUGUGCCCCGUCCAACGUUGCCGUGGAUAACCUGGUGGAGAGGCUGGGCUCCCGCAUCCUGCGGCUCGGCCACCCUGCUCGCCUGCUGGAGCCCAUCCAACAGCACUCCUUGGACGCCGUCCUGGCCCGCGGCGACAACGCCCAGAUAGUGGCGGAUAUCAGGAAGGACAUCGACCAGGCCUUUGCAAAAACCAAAAAGGCUCAAGACAAGGGAGAGCGGAGCCAUUUUCUCAGUGAGAUCAAGGCCCUGAGAAAGGAGCUGAAGGAACGAGAAGAAGCUGCCAUGGCUGCAGCCCUCACUCAUGCCAGCGUGGUCCUCACACAG